AGAAUGAGUUCCUCCGUAUGCAGGCCAUUCAAAACCAAUCAGAACUUGAUGCACUUCGCAAGAAACUCAAUCUCUGCAUUGAUGAGAAAGAUAAACUGGAAAGGCAUGUUAAAAACUUGGAAACAAAGCUAGAAGCAGAGAGAUCCUCCAAAGUGGCCAUGAAGGAAGAAACACAAAAGUUGCAAAUCGACCUUCCUUCUCUAACAACUGAUCAGAUGCCCAAUAUUGCUCUUAAUGAUCAGACUGAGCUUAAAACUAUGGUUGAUGCAAUAGCUGCUGCAAGCCAAAGAGAAGCACAAGCUCAUGAAACAGCAAUUGUCUUGUCAAAAGAAAACGAUGAACUCAGGAUGAAGCUUAAGGUGUUGGUUGAGGAUAACAAUAAAUUAAUUGAACUAUAUGAGCGAGCUGCAGAAGAGAAUAAUAAAAACUGUAAUAGGGCUCAGAGUUCUCAAGAAAACAAAGCGGAGGAUGAGUACAAUGACUUGACUGAAUUGGCUGUGGGGAGGGAGUCCGAGAUGAAAAAGGAAGUUGAGAACUUAGAGCAUCAGCUUAUGGAAAUGCAUGAAGAGAAUGAGAAAUUAAUGAGUCUGUACGAGAAAGCCAUGCAAGAGAGGGAUGAAUUUAAGAAGAUUCUUGCUUCUGGUGGACAGAGGAUUGUUGAAAAUAAAGGAGGAUUUGAUUGUGCAGAAAAGCUUGUUGAAGUUGAUGGAGAGGAGCGUCACAAAUCUGAUGAAUCUUCUGCAUUUGGACCACUUGUGCUCAGUGAAAGGGAAGAUCUUCAGUUAGAGAAUCUAGCUGAACAUGGUCAGUCAGAAAUCGCAUUGGAUGAAACUAAUUUAUUUGCAGCGAAUGUACAGACUGGGUACAUCCAAUGUUCUGGAAAGUCAGAAAUAAAUGAUUAUCUUGAGUUACAAGAGUCUCCUAGCAGUUUGGAACCAAAAAAAUUUAUAGAGAGUGGUUACUCAGACUUCAAUGUGCAAGAUAGAGCUGAAAGCAGUGAGACAGGAAAACUCACAGUAGUUGAUAAAGGUUACAUGAUGGAGGAAACUUGUUUCCCUGGAUUGAAUGAACGGGAUGGGUCCAGCCAUUGUCCUGAGGAUCUUCAUAUUAAUGCUGGGGAUCAGAAUGGUGACAAUGAUCAGGGGAUGGAUGCAAAGUCAAUUGGUGUCGUUAGAGUAAAGCAGCCACAUGAUCUAAAAUUGGUCAGAAUGAAGCUUGACAAAGCACAAGAAAAGCUUCUAAGUUCUGCCCAAACUAUCAGUAUAUUUGGUUCACUCGAGAGGGCAAGCAUUGAGGUUGAUAAACUUUCAAUAGAAAUGGAAGCAUUAGAAACUGGUAUGCAGUUGAUGCAGCAGGAGUGUGCAUCGUCCCAGUUCCUUUCUUCUGAGAUGCAAGAAAGAAGGGAUGUGAUGGAUAAAAAGUUAAGGGCACUGAAAUACUCAUUAUCCAACUUUUCUUCAUCAAUUGGUUACUUUGAACAGCGUGAAGCUCAAGCAAGGGCAAGGGUAGAUGCUUCAUCAGCUUAUUUAAACCGAAAGAAAGAGGAACUGACCUCUCUUCAAACACGUAAAUAUGAAAUUGAGGUUGCUCAGAUGAAAAUUCAACAAACUCAGGUUGAAUUAAAACGCAACCUCGUGGACUGGAUAUCCAGAAUAGAAGAAGAAAACCGAAGACAAGAGAAUGAAAGGGUUCUCUUUGCCAUAGAUAAUGUUGAGAAAACAGAUAUUCACCCUGCACAAAAGAACUGGCCUUUGAGUGGUAAAGCUACCGAGUUACUAAAGUCUGAGGAAGAGAAAACAAAGCUACAAACAGAAGUGAAGCAAGCUCAAGAAAAGCUUGUGGUCUUUAGAAGGGAAGUUGAAGAUUUAGACAGGAAACUUGGGAAGGUGGAUAGGGAAAUUCAAGUUGUUCAAAUGGAGAUACAGAAAGGUUUGAAAUCUGUGGAGGAGAUGGAACACAGGCUUGGUAGUGUCAUCCAAGAGAGAGAUAUGGUAUUGGAAAUGAAAGAGAAUGGAAGGAAUGAAGUUGAAAAUAUGAUUCUGGAGUACCACCAAGGUGUAUUUGAAGCAGCAUUGAAAGAGGAAGAGAUGAAGAUCUUGGAGGAAGAAUUAGAUAUGGAGCUGAGAAGAAUAGAAGAGUUGCAAACUGCAAAAGCUAUAGCGUCUAGGAGAAAGACCCAGCUAUUGGAGGAAUUUACAUGCCAAUCAUGCUUUGUAUCUGACAAGAUGGAGGAGGAGCUCCAGAUUAUACAGAUGUCGAUUAUGGAGUUGAAGUCAUUAUAUGGACAGGAUGGUCCAAAUGACAGUUAACCCUUCUUUUAAAUGAUGUUUUAAUGUACUUCAUUCUGACAAACAGUCCUUUUUUAUUGUUAAUAGCUAAUGAAAUCUGAGUUUUGUUGUUUUUUCUUUGCAUGGACUGAUGGUAUGCUGUUUAAAACAAAGAAAACGAUUAGAAGAAACUCGAUGCGAAUAGGAACAAAUGUUUACAUGCUCAAAGCAUAUGAUCUGUUCUUUAUUUAUCAUUUUUGUGACCUAGUAAUUUCUGAAGUUGGGCUUCCUGG